GGAGGUGCUGGUCCCCUCCAGUCUCUCAGCCCUACUCCACCCUGCACAGGCUGAGGCAGAGACCCCAAAAGGGUUAUCUUCAGUGUCCUGGUCACUCUGUCCCUCUUGGUAUCCAUCAUGGGAAACUGGGCCUCAAGACUGGGCUGCUUAGGGGAGAGGAGAAGUCGCUUCAGGACUGGCCCUAAGGCCCAAGAGAGCCCCUCUCCGUGUGCAGAUCUCCAGGAUCUAUGUCCACCAGUGGUGUCCUGGGCUUGGUGGGGCAGCCAUGCUAUCCAGGUGACAGAGGUUACAGAGACAGUGGUGACAGAAACUGUGGUAACCGAGGCUGUGGAGGUGGGGCCUGGCCAGCAAGAAAGGCAGCCAGCCCAGAGGCCUCCUGCACUCCUGAAUACCCUGCAAAGCUGGCUGGAUGGUAUGGAGGAGCUGCAGGCCUCCCAGGGGCCCCUGGCCGCUGAUGCCACGGUGGCUGCUGCCCAGUUGCGUGAGCAGGAGCUGCUCCAGUGCCUACUGCAGGAGCGGGCACCACAGGUAGAGCCAAGGUUGCAGGAGGUGGGGAGCCCAGCAGAGCUGCGUGCACAGUGGCAUCGCUUGGUGCAGCGGGCAGAGACCAGGUGGGGGUUGCUGCAGCAGCUUGUCCCAGCAGCACAAAGCUUUGAUGCAGCCCGUGAGACCCUUCUGGCACGGCUGGGCCUGGGUGAGCGGCUCCUGGUUGUGCUGGGACAGGGCCAGCUGGGGCCCAAAGGCCAGGAGAGGGUUGUGCAGUGUUUGCAGCAUAUGUGUCAGGGCACUACAGCGUAUGCCGAGGACCUGGGGAGGGCACUGGAGACUGGUCAGAGGCUGGCAGAGCUGCUCAUGGAGGAUGAAGCUCAACUUGUGAGGCAGCAGCUGGAGGAACUCCAGGAGUGUGUGAAGCUGACUGUGUCUGGUGCUGCCCAGGUUUGGCAGACUCUGCUAUGUGCCAAGAGGAUAGGUUUACCCCCAAUAGGUCUAAAGGCCCAGCUUGAUCUGGAGAGGGCGACCUCAGAGGGUCCAGGGCUCAAGGACCAGGAGCAGCUGAGCAUCCAACUGGCCCAGCUAGCAGAGUGGCUUGAGCAGCUGGCAUCACAGGCAGAAGUCCCCGGCCAGGCAGCAGCCCACAUGGUGUCCAUCCGGGAGCAAUGGUCCUAUCUGUCCUCAGCUGUGCUGCAGGCAGAGCUGGGAGCCCUGAGAGGCCACUGGUCAGAAAUUCAGGAGCCAUAUGGGCUGAAGGCCAUAUGGGAGCUAGCCCAGUGGAGUCCAUGUGACCUAGAAGAGCAGGCUGCCAUCAAGAAGGGGCUGAAGCCUAAGGGUGGCUGGGCCCCAGUCCAGAGCUGGAGACUGGAAGUGCUGCCUGGAGUCCUGAGGGCUGACAGACUGAAGCUCUGGACUGCAGCCCCAGUGCAGGUGCUGGCUCAUAGGAACCCUGACCAGGCUGACACUCCAAGGGUGUCCCAAGAAGAACUGAACUGGCUGCCAUGGGCAGAGGCUGCCAUGAGGAGCUGGAGCCACAGGAAGCUGGACACCAGGGAGAAAAGUUGGCAAGACAAGGAUCACCUGGAGCAGGAUCUCAUGGACCGUGUGUUGGCAUCUGGCGAACAAGAAAGAGAUGGAAUGGGUUGCCUGGGUACCUCUUGGGGACUUGCACCCACAUCCCAACUCACCAUAAUGCUGGAGUCAGAACCCCUGAACAGCCAGCAGCCACCAUCACAUAGCAUGGCCAGAGCAGGGGACAAGCACACAGGUUGCCAGAGAUGGGUCCAUGGUCCAGGGAACGCUGGUGAACAGGUGGCUCGGGGUGCCCUGAUGGUUCGUGUUGGAGGAGGCUGGGUGGCUCUGGAUGAAUUUCUAGUCAAGAAUGACCCAGGCCGAGCAAAGGGGAGGACCAGCUGUAAGAUCCAAGAGAGAUUCCAGUGCUGGGCUGGGCUUCACAGCCCAAGGGCUCGGAAUAUCAUUUCCCUGAGGCUCUGGACCUCCAUCUCCAGUGCCUCCACCAGACCUCUGCCUCAGAAGGGCGGGGCAGCCACGGCUAGGGGCCCCAAGGAUUUAAAGGUGCGGGGCGUGGGACUCGGCGAGCGGGGCGGAGGAGCAGAGGCGCUGAGGGACUUCCGACUCUACGUCGUGCAGCAGGUGCGGAUUUGCGAAACCGAAACACCUGCGCGAGCUGAGGCAGAGGCCAAGGCUGCCGGGGGAAGCAAGCUCCUGUUCAGUGUCCCUGACUGA